ACGUGGGCCGGGGGCGGGGUGAAUGAAGUGGAAGCGAUUCCUCCGCCCCUGCGUUUACCUCCCGCACCCGGCGCGGACCGCCCCCUUCCCCUGCCCGGGCGCCCAGUCCAGCGCGUGGGCACCCAGUCCAGCGCUUGCCCGCCCGCUGGAAGGCUGCUCUCUGCACCCGACGCUGGCGUCUGACUCUCCCGGGGCCAGGACCCAGCGUCGCGGACCCACGAUGGCCAAGCGCAGCUCGCUGUCCAUCCGCAUCGUAGAGGGGAAGAACCUGCCCGCCAAGGACAUCAACGGCAGCAGUGACCCCUACUGCAUCGUGAAGGUGGACAAUGAGCCCAUCAUCAGGACAGCCACCGUGUGGAAGACCCUGUGCCCCUUCUGGGGGGAGGAGUACCAGGUGCACCUGCCGCCCGCCUUCCAUGCGGUGGCCUUCUACGUCCUGGACGAGGACGCCCUCAGCCGAGAUGACGUUAUCGGGAAGGUCUGCCUUACCAGGGACACCCUGGCUGCUCACCCUAAGGGUUUCAGUGGGUGGGUCCACCUGGCGGAGAUCGACCCCAAUGAGGAGGUGCAGGGCGAGAUCCACCUGAGGCUGGAGGUGCUGCCGGGGACCCCGGCCGGCCGGCUGCGCUGCUCCGUGCUGGAGGCCAGGGAUCUGGCCCCCAAGGACCGGAAUGGUGCAUCUGACCCCUUUGUCCGUGUGCGCUACAAUGGCCGGACACAGGAGACCUCGGUCGUUAAAAAAUCAUGCUAUCCACGGUGGAACGAGACAUUCGAGUUCGAGCUGGAGGAGGGGGCCACAGAGGCCCUGUGCGUGGAGGCCUGGGACUGGGACCUCGUCAGCCGCAACGACUUCCUGGGCAGAGUGGUGGUCAAUGUCCAGAGACUGUGGGCCGCCCAGCAGGAGGGCUGGUUCCGGCUGCAACCCGACCAGCCUAAGAGUCGGAGGGAAGAGGGCAACCUGGGCUCCUUGCAGCUAGAGGUGCGACUGCGGGACGAGAUGGUGCUCCCCUCCAGCUGCUACCAGCCCCUGGUGCAGCUGCUGUGCCGGGAGGUGAAGCUGGGCACCCAGGGCCCAGGACAGCUGAUGCCACUCAUUGAGGAGAUGACCAGCACAGAGUGCCGCCAGGAAGUGGCCACCAACCUGCUCAAGCUCUUCCUGGGGCAGGGACUGGCCAAAGACUUUCUGGACCUGCUCUUUCAGCUGGAGCUGAGUCGUACCAGUGAGACCAACACCCUGUUCCGAAGCAACUCUCUGGCCUCAAAGUCCAUGGAGUCUUUUCUGAAGGUGGCUGGGAUGCGGUAUCUGCAUGGUGUCCUGGGCCCCAUCAUCGACAGGGUAUUUGAGGAGAAGAAGUACGUGGAGCUGGAUCCCAGCAAAGUGGAGGUCAAGGAUGUAGGGUGCUCCGGGCUACACCGCCCACAGACCGAGGCGGAGGUGCUGGAGCAGAGCGCACAGACCCUGCGCGCCUACUUGGGGGCGCUUCUGAGUGCGCUCUGUCGCUCUGUUCGCGCAUGCCCAGCGGUGGUCCGAGCCACCUUCCGCCAGCUCUUUCGGCGCGUGCGAGAGCGCUUCCCCAGCGCCCAGCACGAGAAUGUGCCAUUCAUCGCUGUCACCAGCUUCCUGUGCUUGCGCUUCUUCUCUCCUGCCAUCAUGGCGCCCAAGCUCUUCCACCUGCGGGAGCGACACGCAGACGCCCGCACCAGUCGCACUCUGCUCCUACUGGCCAAGGCAGUCCAGAAUGUGGGCAACAUGGACACGCUGGCUUCCAGGGCCAAGGAGGCUUGGAUGGAGCCACUGCAGCCCACUGUGCGCCAGGGCGUGGCCCAGCUGAAGGACUUCAUCACCAAGCUGGUGGACAUUGAAGAGAAAGAGGAACUGGACUUGCAGAGGGCGCUAAGCUUGCAGACCCCGCCAGUGAAGGAGGGGCCACUCUUCAUCCACAGGACCAAGGGAAAGGGCCCCCUCAUAUCCUCCUCUUUCAAGAAGCUCUACUUCUCCCUCACCGCUGAGGCCCUCAGCUUCGCCAAGACACCCAGCUCCAAGAAAAGUGCCUUGAUCAAGCUAGCUAACAUCCGCGCAGCAGAAAAGGUGGAAGAGAAGAGCUUUGGCAGCUCACACGUCAUGCAGGUCAUCUACACGGACGACGCGGGAAGGCCCCAGACCGCCUACCUGCAGUGCAAGUGCGUGAACGAGCUGAACCAGUGGCUGUCUGCACUGCGGAAGGUGAGCAUCAACAACACGGGCCUGCUGGGCUCCUACCAUCCUGGCAUCUUCCGCGGGGACAAGUGGAGCUGCUGCCACCAGAGGGACAAGACAGAUCUGGGCUGUGAUAAGACCCGGUCACGGGUGAUGCUGCAGGAAUGGAAUGACCCUCUCGACCAUGACCUGGAGGCCCAGCUCAUCUACCGGCACCUGCUGGGCAUGGAGGCUGCACUGCGGGAGAAGCAGCGGGAGCUGCAUGCAGGCACAGAGGCGGGCUCCGGGCUCACAGGCCCUGGUGAAGCCCCAGAGGACCCGCUGGCCCAGCUGCUGCAGGUGCUGCAGGACCUCCAGGAGGCACACAGCUGCAGCCCCGCCAGCUCCCCACCAUCAGAGCCCAACUGCCUCCUGGAGCUGCAGACGUGAGGCCUGCCCUACACUCCACCAUCGAGCCCCUGCUUGGUGCUUGGAUACCCUGGUGCACUCUCAUUGGGGUGCAGGGCCUGGGUCUCUCCUGCACUGGGUAAUUGGGACCAGGGGAUCCAGAGCUGACAGGCUUUGCCCCAUCACUGCCCACAUGAAGUCUCUCGGGGAAUCUGGGGGCUCCCUGUGGUCCCUGCAGCCAUCACCGACACUAGCCCAGACUCUCCACGGACCUUCCCCUCCUGCCUGGGGCAGGCCCCCUGGAUGGUCCGUACCCAAGCAGACUGACACUUCCUUGGACCCAGAGAGGCAGGAGGGAGCACAGGGCCCAGGAGACCAAGUCUUGACCUCGGCACCCACUGUGCUCUCAGCCACCACUCUGCCCUCUCUCCUCACAGCCACUGGCUGUGCCCCUGGGAGAGCGUUGCAGUGCUCUGCUGACAACAAUAAACCUGCGGUGACUGCUG